AUCUAUAAUUUCUAAGUAUUUACUAACACAUUCAUGAAAAUGAUGGUAAAAAAUGCAUGCAUUAUAGAGCCUGUGAUGUCUUUAAGGACUUCAGAAGUAAUGGCUAGCCCGUGCAGCAGCUGCACGGGUUGAUGACUAGUGUCAAUAAGUUAAGUGGUGUAGCACUUUUGUUCUUGGAGACACGAGCAUCUUUGAAGAUUAUGUGUCGGGAGGAUUGAGAUCCAGUGUCAGUGACCCCCCUCUCCAUACCAUCCCAUCGAGAAUCAACAGGCAGAUCGACAGUACGUGUUACAGCGUGACAUGCAUGUCACUGGAUCUCUCUCCGUGUCGGCAACUGCUGGGAGCAUCUUUGAAGAUGUAAUGUGCUGAAAAUAGAACUCGUGUCAGAAUACAGUCUACCUACCAAACACAUAUAUAGUACUUGAUUCGCCAUCAGACUCAGAGCACUGUGGCCAAGAGGGUCGUCGCUGUAGAGGAGACAUCGAUCGACGAUGGCCGCCGACGGCGAGCACGGGCAUCCCACGCUGCACACGCACAACGUGGACGAGGUGAGCCCGACCCUACCGCUGGAAACGCGGUGGCCACCGUCCGCGCACCGCCGGUACCGCGGCUUCUGGGUGCCCAAGCUGUUCCUGCCGGCGUUGGCGGCCUUCAACGACCACUUCGAGCCGGCGCCAGGCGACGUGCUCCUGGUCACCUGCCCCAAGUCCGGCACCACGUGGCUGAAGGCCCUCGCCUUCGCCAUCGCGCACCGCGCCGCGCACCCGCCGUCGUCCGCCGACCACCCGCUCCUGGUCCGCAACCCGCACGGCUGCGUCGGGUUCCUGGAAGGCGUCUUCUUCGGCCACUCUGUCGAGGAGGCGCGCGACGUCCUGGCCGCCGCGUGCCCGUCCCCGCCGCGCGUGCUCUCCACCCACUGGGCCUACUCUCAGCUGCCGGAGCGCGUCACGGGCGGCUGCCGGAUCGUGUACCUCUGCCGGGACCCCAAGGACGUGCUGGUGUCGUGGUACUGGUUCCUCAAGAAGGUGGUUGCCCACGGCGCCACCGGCGACCACCCCGACCUCGACUUCGCCGAGCUCUACGAGGUGUUCUGCGAGGGCCGCAACGGAUACGGCCCCGUGUGGCGGCAGGCGGCCGAGUACUGGGAGGCGAGCAGGGAUCGGCCGGACAAGGUGCUCUUCCUCAGGUACGAGGAGAUGUUGCGCGACCCGUCGGGCAACGUCCGGAGGCUGGCGCGGUUCAUGGGGUGGCCGUUCACGGCGGAGGAGGAGGACGCCGGCGUGGUGGGCGCCAUCCUGGAGCUGUGCAGCCUGGAGAAGCUGCGGAACCUGGAGGUGAACAGGAACGGCGCGCCGGCGAUUCCCGUCGUCUCCAACGACGCCUUCUUCAGGAAGGGCGUGGUAGGCGACUGGCGCAACCACAUGACGCCGGCCAUGGCGGCGAGGCUGGAUGGCAUCGUCGACGACGCCCUGCGAGGCACGGGCUUCUCCUUUACUGACUCUGGCCACGCGGAAGAAGGCGUUGCGCCGUAGCGGUCGACGGCGGAAGAAGUCAUACGUGGAUUGGAUCAAGCACGAGUAAUUAAUGCCCGUAUUGUCCGUAAUACUAUAUGUCAGGUAGCUGAAUUUUCAUUUUAUCGGUCAAGUCAAAUUUGUUGUCGUUGAUUCAAUGUGCUUUAUGAUAAGUCCAUUUCCUGUCAAGGAAAAGACGAUUUGACUGACGCUGUUAUUUAUUCAGUCCAUUUCCUGCCUUUCCUUGCUGAGUGCAUGAUGUAGCCCCCUGCAUGCAUGUCUCCACUCCUGACUCUCGCACCCACAUGGAUGGAUGA